AUGCUGUCUGUUGUCCUGUUUGGGGGCCUUUUUGUCCUCAUUGGCACUUCUAGGGGCUCACACUCCUUCACUCACUUGAUGAACCCUCGCCUGUAUCCCCGCCUGUACCAUGGCUGCUACGGCGACAUGAUGACCAUGGAGACCUCUGGUGCCGCCUGUGAUAUCACCACGUUGAUUGCCUGUGGCAUCCGCGGUUCUGAAAUGUUUGCUGAGAUGGAUCUGAAGGCCUUGAAGUCUUACCAAAUUCUGAUCAAAGAUGUUGGGCUGAGGUAUUGCGUGGACCCCACUCUCAUUGCAGCCAUCAUCUCCAGAGAAAGCCAUGGUGGAACCGUCCUGCAAGACGGCUGGGACCACAAAGGACUUAAAUUUGGUUUGAUGCAGCUUGAUAAAGAAAUCCAUCGUCCUGUUGGUAACUGGGACAGCAAAGAACACCUUUUGCAGGCUGUUGGGAUUCUCACAGACGGAAUUAAGGCAAUCCAGAAAAAAUUCCCCACGUGGAGUGUGGCUCAACACUUCAAAGGUGGUCUCUCAGCCUUCAAGUCAGCAACUGAAGCCAUUGCCACUCUCGCGGACAUAGACAAUGUCUUCGUCGAUGAUAUUAUAGCCCGAGCUAAAUUCCAUAAGAAACACAGCUUCUAG